UCCGGGGUGCCGGCGCCAGGCUCCUGCCGCAGGGUCUCCGAGGGCCCGGAGCAGCAGUGCUGCAAACCUCGGGCUGGCACGUGGUCCCGCUGCCGAGAAACAAUGGUGCUAGCGAGGAGGCAGGCCGGACGGGAGCAGUCCCCUGCCCACACGAAGCAGGGGCGAGGGGGCUGGAGCCGGGUCAGCUAGGGGCAAUGCUAGCUCCGACUGGGGCAGGGGGCCCAGGCUGCAGGGAUGCCGGGUGGGGGAACCCGCUGUGCGGGGGCCUGCGGUGCACAAGGGCGCUGGUUCCCGACUGGGCCCUGGGCAGCGCAGUGACCUAGAGCGGCAGCAGCUGCAGAUUUGGAGGCGCACGCGUGUUCACGACAGCUCCACGGGGUGCGUGUGCACUCCCGAUAGUGAGCACGUGCAGGAACGUGUGCAUCCGGGCGAGCUUUUGCACCACGUCCUCGUGUGCGGGAUCUGUUGUGCACUCAGCCCAGCGGCCCGUGCGCCCCGGCCCGCGGAGCCCUUUGUCUCCCAUCCCGGAUUGCGCCUCGUGCAGCUCAACGUAAAUAAUUCAUGGUCAGUGGCAUGAUGAGCUCAUCCUGCCUGGUGGAAGGAAGCGCCGGCGAGCGCGGUGCGGUGCAGCGCGGGCUGGGGCUUUGUGCGAGGGACGCGGACCCAUCUCAGCUGGGCAGGGGCCAGCUGCCGUGGGGCAUGGCGUGGCUCCGGGCAUGUAGUGCCCAGCCUGCCGGGCUGCUAGGACCCUGCUGGGGGCUGGGAAGUCCCUACUCGUGUGCCUCAGUUUCCCCCUGGGACAGUAGUCACCUACUCUGGGAAGCAGCAUGCAGCUGCUGCAAGGCCUCCGCAGGCCGGGGCGGUGCAGCCCCAUGCCAGGACCAUCCUUAGCAAUGUCCUUCCAGCCCAGAGGCCCUUCCCCCUGCAUGAGCUGCCAGCAGUAUCAUGUUGAACAAGAGGCACCCGCGGAGAAGUGCAUCUGCAGGGCUCUCCCGGGACCCCGCCGGCUGCAGGGAGGGCACCGCUGGGCCAGCAGCAGGCGAGACCCCUGGAGCUGCACGAUGUGGCGACAACUGGCUUGGACACACGGCCGGGCAGGGGCGCAGAGCUGGGCAGGGCAGGGCUGUUGCUGGCUUUGUGUGGAUGCCAGAUCCUGCUUCGAUUCCUGUCCCAGUCUCGGGGCUAGGAACGCAUCCCCGGCUCCAUGACAUCCAGCGGGUGCAGCGUUCCUGGGUGCAAGACGCAGGCCGAAGGAGGCAUCCCCACUUGUGCUGGACAGGCCUGGAGCAGCUCAUGCGCGUGUCCCAAGCCCUCUACGGCUGGCAGGGAUCCUCCCCGAGGUCCCGUGGGGCUUGGGCUGAGGAUCAGAGUCCUUCCGGGCAUUGUUACCGUGCUCUGGCAAGGGUAUCCUUGGCUCCGGCACACCUGGGUUGUUAUGCAAGCCUGACACGUGGGCAUCUCACUGGGCAUCUGGCCCAGCGUGCUCAGUGCCCACAGCCCUGGAUCCCGGCACGCUGUGAUCCCGGGAGCCAGGCAGGCUUUGGGCAGCAGCUGCCACCAGAGGCCUCUUCUGUGGCUGCAAGAGAUAAAGGCCCUUGCAGAGGUUGCAGCUCUCCCAGUGCUCCCCCCGAGCCCAGCUGGGUCCUCGGCCCUGCACACACAGCUGGGACCCGGGCAAGCUGGCGCCGACAUCCGAGUGCGGGGCAGGGAGAUUCCAGCGUGGCACCCUGGAAACGGGUCAAGACAAGGGCAGCUGAGCAGAGACAGGCCCAGCUGGGCCUGGUGUGGCAAGGAGCAAGGCAAACAGCGUCCGGGACAAGGGCAGGCCCCCGCGUUUGCUGUUGGGGGCUGGAGCCAGACUGGCCUGGGCGGUGGAGUCUCCGUCCCAGCCUGGACCAGAUUCCCAGAGGGACCCGCUGCCUCCUGACCCCAGCAUCUCCCAGCAGCCCCCGGCUCCUGGCGCUGCACAUCAUCCUGGCACCAGGAAGGCGCAGAGCUGAGCUGGAGAUGGAGCAGGAGCUUCAAGGGAGAGCGCCGGGCCAUCGCUCCCAGCAGGGAGGAGUCUGCUGUCUGAGGGGCUGCCGCUGCAGCGAGCGCGGAGGACAGGCCUGCAUGCAGGCUGCAAGGUCACCGGGAGCCGGAGCAGCCUCGUUACUGCAUGCUAAUUAGGUGCCAUUAACGCUCCUGGCAGAUGCUGCCCUUGGGAUGGACGGAGACGGCACGCGGCCUGGCCACAGCCAUCAAGGCGACCCCGCUGCUGCAUCCCUGCACCGUGGCUGGCCUGUCGGGUCACCGGGCAGGCUCCUAGGCCCGGCUGCCUGGGCCUCUGCAUCGCUUCCUCUGCGAGUGCUGCAUCCCACCCCAGAGCUGGCUGCACGCUGUAGUUUGUCAGUCGCUCGCUGGCACCUGGGAUCUCUCAGUGCCGGGGGCCCGGGGUGGGAGGAUGCCCUGGCAGAAAGCCCCAGCGCCGCUGUAGAAAGCAUCUCGAGUGUGUUCUGCAGCUGAGCACGCAGCAGCAAGGCCCAGGAAAUCCUCCAGCUCCUUCUCCAACGUCGGGUUCCUCAGUCGUUGUUCACCAGUCAGGACUGACAGCUGUCCAGCAGCGUGGAGGAGC